AUCUCCUGGGCUGAAGAUGCUUUCAUGGGUUUGAUUCUUGUGAUAUGAUAUCAAGUGAUAUUUUUUGCAGCAUCCAAAUUUUUUUCCCUUUAGAGGCAGCACACCUGAGUAAGAAAUGAUCAGAUACAGUAUGUUAAAGAAAUUAAUCAAAUACACUUAAAGAAAUUUAUCAUUUUUAAGAGAGUGGCCUUCCUAUUGUUUGGAAAUUAUUCUUUUGUCUUUUCUUUCAUCUUUUUGAAUUGCUUUGGUUUCCUUGUAUACAAAUAAAAACCUUUUAAAUAGUUCAGUUUUAAAUUCAUGGUUUCCUAGAGCAAACUGCUCUUUCAGUAACACAACCCUUUUUUAGAUCAAGCAAUGUAUUAUCUGAAGUAUUAUUAAAGUCGACAAAUAAUUAUUAUCUGAAGGGGUGGUUAUUUGAAGUGUUCUGUUUUUAGUGUUUAUGCAGAUUCCAGCUUUCAGGCUUUUCACAAAACACUAAAGUUUUCUUUCUGUGAUACACAUCUCUCCUAACAUCAUUAAAACCUGCUAAAAUUAGUCUGCUGUUCAUUCUUUAAUAAUUUACUGUCAUUGAUCGCUGGGAUACAGGACCCUGUCUUUGGAUGAAAAGCUGCAAUUCUCUUUGGUUGGUGUAGUGUGUCUGAAGAAUUCAGUGAGAGCAGCCAUUAGAGGACAGCACAGAAGCAGAAGCACCUGUAGCUGGCUGAAGAGAAUGCAUUCAAACCUAAGAAUAUACAUUAUACCUCCAAACAACGAGAAAGAAAUCUAGGACCUGGCAGAAUCAGCUUCUCAAGAAAAGGAAGGAUUGCAGAAGAAAGAAAAUAUUUAUAAAAUAAAAACUAACAAAAAAACAUCCAUGGCAAACACUGGCCUUCAGCUAAUUGGCUUUACUGGUGCAGUGACAGGAUGGAUAAUGGCUAUAGCGGUCACUGCUUUACCUCAGUGGAGUGUAACAGCAUUCAUCAAUGGUCCCAUCCUGACUUCAGAGAUUAUGUGGGAAGGCAUAUGGAUGACGUGUGUAUACCGAACCACGGGCCAGAUGCAGUGCAAAAUUUUUGAUUCUUUGCUGGCCCUCCCACCAAACACACAGGCUUCCCGAGCCUUAAUGUGCUUAGCUAUCUUUCUUGGUUUUCUUUCAAUCAUGUUCACCUGUUGUGGCAUGAAGUGCACAACCUGUGCUGUGGAUGACAAGCAGGCAAAAGCUGGUUUUGCACUUACUGGGGGAAUGCUCUUCAUUAGCACUGGAGUCCUCAUCCUUAUUCCAAUCUCUUGGACAGCUCACAACAUCAUCAUUGACUUUUAUAAUAAGAAUACACCACCGGCUUUAAAGAGGGAACUUGGACAGGCCAUCUAUCUAGGCUGGGCAGCAGCUGUUUUGCUAAUUUUGGGAGGUGCCCUCCUUUGUAGCACCUGUCCUCAGGCACCUCGUGACUAUAGAAGAGGUUAUGCUAGUAACCUAAUGCACAGCAGAGCUUCAGCACCCCCCAAGUCACCUUCUGGGGGAGGUAUCCCUUUGAAAGAGUAUGUCUAACAGGCAGAAUUCUUGUGGGAAAUAAGAUGUGCUCACUAUAAAAUGUAAUCAAGAAAACAAUAGAAAGCGGGAGAGAUUUAAAGGUAACAUGUAGAUGGUUAUUUUAUAAAAAUACAUUGAUUUUUUAUAUGCAACAUUUCUUAUCUCUGAAAGUAAGAAUUUCUGCUUAUUAAUUUGAUAUAUUUCAGUGUUAUUUAACAUAUUCUGUGGUUUUCAUAUAUAAAUAUUUUUAUUCACAUUCUGGAAAUAA